AUCUAUACUUGUUAUAAAAAAAAAAAAAAAAAAAAAAAACAAGGGUUCAUUUGUUAAAUUCAAGAACACCGAAAAGUUCUCAUUUUGUUCUUGAUUAGACAAUCAUUUUUCAUUGUUUUGUUUCCAACGCUGCUCCUUUCGUCCCCACUUAUGCUUUUUCACCAAAAGGAAUAUAUUUAGGGGGGAAAAGAGUAAGGAAUGGUGUUAAUUCUAAUACAGUGAAUUUUUUUGAGGGUGGACCGAUUAGAAUGGGGUUGACCACAAAGGCAACAACAGAAAAAACAGAGAUUACUUAACGGGCAAGGAGGACAAAAGUUCAAACAGUGAUCAACUAAUAUUCAUAGAUUCUUUAGCCUUUUUCUUUCUUUUUUGCUUUUGUGGUUCUGAUUGAUUCAAUUCUUUAUCCGUGUUUUGUUAUCUCUGCUUAAUGAAAUUCAAGAAGUGAUCUUCAGUCAUAUAUUUCAGUAAUUCUAGUGAAAUUAAAUUUACUGGUCUUCACAUUCUUGGCAGCAAGUCAAGGAUCUUGAGAAAAGUGGUGGCACUGAAAAUUGAGUAUGGAAACUGAAAAUUGCCAUACUGUUGGCACAACCUCACUAGAUAUUAGUGUUGGUAUUGUUUGCCACUAUCAGUUUGAAAAUGGGUCAUCUCAGUUGGCUUUCAUGGAUGUUGAAAGUGAAAGAGGAGCUUCCCUUGACCAUUCCCUCAGCUUCUCUACAGAAAACUUUGUGCAGACCCUUGCUUUUUGCAACGGCUUGAUUCUCUUGUCUGGUUUUAGUGGUGACCAAUCCUGUUACCAUGUGUUCAACCCCCUCACCAAGCACAAUGUCAUGAUCCCUCAAACUAGUACCCAAGGGGGUGUUGUUAGAGUUGGAUUGGCCUAUGAUGGAGACCAAUUUGAGGUUGUUCUUGUUGAAGCAGGGUCUUCAAAUUCCAAUGGACUAAAACUGCAUGUUUUCUCUUCUGACACUGGCCAAUGGAGGUGCCACUACCCCACCAAUAUAACUUCUGCCCCAUCUUUGCAAGAACUUGAGUUCCAAGAACUUGGCACACCUCCUCUUUAUGCGAACAGCGCGAUUCAUUGGGAAAUAUGUGGAUAUUUGUUGGUCUAUCAAGUUCAAGGCAGCCAUUGUGCACUAUAUGAGCUACCCAACUACUUUGAUGAUUGGUCUUGGCAAUCAACUUUAAGUUAUCGCCGUAGCUUGUGCGAAUCAGGAGGAGAGGUCUACUACUGCUACACUGAUUUCGACGGCUUUCACAUUUGGAAACUCCUCAAUGAGGAAGAGCAUCCCGGAUUCUUCAAUUAUUGUGAUUACAAAAGGUUUCCAUGGAAACUAGUCCAUAGUGUCAUGCAUCAAGUGCUUAUGCCUAAGCACCAAAACUUUUUUGGCAGCUCCUUUGUUUGGGAGCCUUACAAGGUUGCACCCAUUGCCUAUAAUGAACAAGCCCAGAUCAUAUAUUUGCAGCUUCCAGGAAUUGUUGUUGCUUACAACUUUGAUACAGGAACUAUGGGAUCAGUCUGCACCUACUCUUAUCCAGGCAUAAACUUCAAUUGCUGCUCAUUCUUUUCUUCAACUGCUUCUGGGCCUCACCAUGCACAAAGAGACAGCACAAAUGGACAAUCGGAGCUGAAUCUACCCAUAGCAGAGAUGGAAAAGUUAACCCUCUAAAUCAAGUUUUGAUAUUCAGGUGUCAUUAAACUCCAUUUCUGCUAUAGUUAAUUUUCACAUUUUGCUUGGUGAACAACUAUGUGGCUGUAUCUAUAUGCGUAUAGAAGAACUUAUGAAUUCGCUGAGACAUUGUUAUAUUUUAUCAUUUGUAUAUGUGACCAUCAGGCACUCUCUUAGACAGUGGGAUCCAUCUUUUUUUGUGUUCUGUAAUUUGAUUCAAUUGUACUAAUGUUAAAAUAUUGAUCCCACUGUCUAAGAGAAGGGCAACCCUAAUAAUGUUAAAAUAUUGACCCCUAAUAAUGUAACAGAAAUAUGGUUCCAUUGUACUAAGGUACAAUGGAAACAUGGUUCCAUGAGAAGGGCAUUUUUGGAA